AUGAAUACUGAAGAUUUCGAUUAUGACGCUUUUCUUGGUGGUUUAGAAAGUGUUGAUACAUUUUCUAAUCAUACAACAUCACCAACAACAUUAAUAUCAGAAAAUGAUUCCGAUAGUGGAAUUGCAUAUACACCACCGUUGCUCCCUGAAAUGGAUAGUACAGUCAUUGAUUUGGAUAAUCUUGAUAUGUUUCCAUUAAAUAUGGAAAAUCCAUCAUUAGAUGAUCCAAAUGAUGAUUUUAAACGUUUUUCAGCUUGGUUAAAUGCAGAAAGUCCAUCAAUACCAAUUGAUAAUUCAACGUAUGAAAAUCUAUUCUCUGAUAUUUCUAUGCCACAAAAUCCAGAACCACCACCUCAACAAAUAUUAUCGCCUUCAUUACCAAUUCUUUCUCCUCCUCAAUCAAUUAAUAUUACUCCAAUAACAAAUUGUUUUAAAAUCCAAUCAUAUACAAAUUCAGCAUCAACUGGAACGAAAUUAAUUAAAUGUGAACCAAACAAUUCAAAUCCAACAAUAACAAUUAUUAAAACAUCCAAACCAUUUACACUUGCUAAUGUACCUGUAGUAACAAUACCAUUAGUAACAAAUGAUUCUAUAUCUAAACAAGUGAAUACAAUAGCAUCACCAGUAGCAAAACGACGUCGUUCGGAUAGUCCAACAAAUCAACAACAAGUAUCGGAAUUACCAACACUUUCAUUUGAUCAACUUAAACUUCAAUAUGGAACAAUGAGUGAUGAAGCAUGGAAAAAACAUGUUCGAAUGAUAAAAAAUCGUGAGUCAGCAUCACUUUCACGUAAACGACGAAAAGAAUUAAUGGAACAUCUUAGUGAUCAAAAUAAAGAAUUACAAAAUGAAAAUGACGAAUUAAAAAGAGAAAGAUCUAAAUUAUUAACACGUAUUGAUACAUUAGAAAUGGAGAAUGAACUUUUGAAAAAAUAUAAAGUUGGUAAUGAUGCUCCAUUCCUACAAAAACGAAAACCUCUUAUACUAAUGGGCAUUGUUUUAUUGGUAGUUUUUAAUGUAUUUACAUUGAAAUCAUUAGCACCUGUUUCAAAUGAUCAAUCCAAUUUAAUUGAUUUCUAUAAUAAUCAAGGAGCAAUUGUUCCUAGUCGAACAAUUCUUAGUGAUCGUCUUAGUAAGAAUCAAGAUUCAUACACAACUACUAGCGACUAUGAUUAUGGACCGAAUGGAAAUGAUAAUAUGCGUACUUAUCCUUAUAUACAAUGUGUAGCCUAUAUUAAUAAGACACAUUCUCAACGAAUAAACCAAGAUCUUCGUUCAUGGGUACAAGAUCAAUCUGAAAAACAACAAGAUACUGAACCAAUGAUCAUUCCUGAUCCAAACUCUCUGACUAUUUCAUCAAAUCCUGUUAUUACUACUACAGCCGAUUCAUCUGUUGUACCUUUACAUCAUAUAUCAAGAAAAGUUGCUCGACAAACAAAAAUUCAAUCUGAAAGUAAAGGUCAACUUCAACCAUACAAAAGCUUUGAAGCUAAUUAUGACGAUUUCAUUCAUACACUUGACAGAAAAAAUGAUACGCUUUAUUUUGUAUCAUUUAAACGAGAUCAUCUUAUUCUCCCAGCAACAAUGCAAAAUCAAACUCAACGACCAAAAAUGUCCCUUAUAUUACCAGCAUCAAUGGCAAAUUUAAAUAAAUCUAUCCAUGUUCCAACAAAUCAUGUACCAAUGAUAAAAAUUGAUUGUGAAGUUGAAGAUACUAAACUUGUUUUUGUGAAACGUACUCAUAUACCAUCAGCAUAUCAAAAUGAUUUAUUUCAAUAUUAUUCAUCUGCUGCACCGCACAGUACAAUUUAA